UCCUGCCCUUGUGACGUCAGUUACGUACGCGUGUCUACGUAGGAAAAUACCGGAAGAGAAAUAUUUCGCUUCUUGAAAACAGGUGUUACUUGUCUUUCGGAAGACUCGGCAGCUGUCCAACAUGCUAGGUGGUGGGUUCAAAGCUGAUAGACUUAAAGUUAACCUUCGUUUGGUCAUUAAUCGCCUCAAACUAUUGGAGAAGAAGAAAACUGAACUAGCUCAGAAAGCACGGAAGGAAAUUGCGGAUUACUUGUCAUCUGGAAAAGAUGAACGAGCUCGUAUUAGGGUUGAGCACAUAAUCAGAGAAGAUUACCUAGUGGAGGGUAUGGAGAUCCUAGAGCUGCACUGUGACCUCCUCCUGGCCCGCUUUGGCCUCAUCCAAUCAAUGAAGGAACUGGAUCCAGGCCUUCAGGAGGCCGUGUCCACACUUAUCUGGGCGGCUCCACGUUUGCAGUCUGAAGUGACUGAACUCAAGACUGUGUCAGACCAGCUAUGUGCAAAAUACAGCAAGGAGUAUGGCAAGCUGUGUAGGACAAACCAAAUUGGUACAGUCAACAGUAGGCUCAUUCACAAACUGAGUGUGGAAGCCCCGCCCAAGAUUCUCGUAGAACGCUACCUUAUUGAGAUUGCGAAGAACUACAACGUUCCAUAUGAGCCGGAUGCCAUGGUUGAUCCUGAGGUCUGUGCAGCAGAGGAAGCCAACCUUAUAGACAUGAAGGAUGACUUCAAGAAGCCAGGAGGUGGAGGAGGUGGUGGUGGUGGCUUCACUGCCCCACCCUCGGCAAUGCCUAUGACCAUGCCCAUGCCCAUGCCAGUUGGCUUCAGCUACCCCCCAUCCAAAGGCUCACAAGAGCACAUGAUUGGCCCUGCCGGCUUUAAUGCCUUUCAACCACCCCAGCUGCCCAGCCUUCCCCCCAGCUAUGAAUCUAAGGAUGUCCUGUUUAACAACAGUCCUGUUCCUUCCCAGGUGACAGGCAUCGGCCCCACCUCCCCCCAGAUGUUUGACAGCCCCGGCUUCCCCGAGCUCCCCUCUGUUCCUGACACGCUUCCUGUUGCAGCCAUCGGCAGAAGCACUGCACCCUCAGACGACAUUGAUUUUGAUGAUCUGACACGUCGCUUCGAGGAUCUGAAGAAAAAGACCUGAUCCACCCCCCCCCCCCUUUUUUUUAUACUUGGUGGCCCUUCUCACACUACAGUCCCUGCAAAGAGAUGAUUCGGAGCCCUGUAGUGACAGCCCUUAGACCCUCUUUUGGAGUAAAACUCUUUGAUAUCCUAUAAAACAUGCCAGCCUAACUUUAUUGAAAUAAACAUCCUCUCCCUAACUGUAACAAACAGUUUCAACACAGUGUGCUUCACUAGUAAAUACUUGACAUUCAGAAUAGAAGUAAAUUGUACAGAUUUAUUUUUAAAAUCAACAUCUUUAUAAAAAUCUGUUUUUUGAUGGAUACUUUUCAUGACUAUGGCCUUUUGCUGUAAGAAUACUAAUAAUGUCCUGAGAUACAAAAAAUGAUAAGCUGGUCAUCACAUCCUUAUUGAUUGCUUGUUUCCAUUAGAAAUUAUCAUUUUGCCAGGGGACCGUCACUGUGACUUUCUGCUUCUUAGCUGUGUGUGAAUGUUAGGAUUUCUUUUCUUUAAUCUGUAUGUUAUUCCACAGUAUAAAAUGUGUUUCAGUGGUGCGUUUAAUGGAAUGGCUGCGGAAGAAUUUGGUAGUACUGUUACAAAUAUACUGUGGCUGCUGUGUGGUGGGAUUAGUUUCAGAAGGGCAGAGUUAGCCUGUGUUGGCCUUUAUCUUAGAGCAUCCUCAUAUUUAAAAUGCCUUAAUAACUGGUUUUACUAAAUGCUAAGCUUGUUAGAAUAGCAUUCACGCAUGCAUGCAAUAGUGGUCAUGAGUACCUCAGGACAUACUGGUCGUGGACUACAUUUAUACUUGUUUGUAGUUGACUUUUUUCUUCCAUGUUAGUCAUUCUAAUGAUUGUACAUCAUACCACAUGCUACAUCUGUUUAAUACUUGAGUCUUUUAACCAGAGAAAAUAUCUUGAUUAAAAAGCUGCAAUAUACCAAAAUGGUACUAAACGCCACAUUAUAAUGUAAAUGUUAUUGGGAAUUAUAAACAUUUUCCUAGAAUACAGAUAAA